CCGUACGAAACUACGCGACGUCGAAACCGCUUUUACGUCCGCGCUAAUAAAACUCGUUGAAAAUGCAUACAUCAAAAUGGUAGAAUCGCUACAAAUGUUUUUAUUUCUAUUUAAAUCUAAAUACAGACGAAAAUGUUCAUGGUUCUCGCCAUUCCUGUGUUCAGUGCUCAUAGUGUUAUUGUUCUGUGAUGGUGUCCUGUCUAAGUGUGGUGAUCAUACUUGUGUAAACGGUGUGUGUAAAAAUGAUAUGUGCGUGUGUUACGAGGGUUGGCAGGGUCCCGAGUGUCAGUACUGCGGUGGCAAAGUCAAUUUAACAUCCCCAACGGGCUACAUAACGGAUGGUCCGGGUAACUACAGCGUGAGCACACAAUGUUCCUGGUUGCUCACGCCGCCACGCCUGGGCCCAACGCCGCCGCCCCUGCGCGUGCGCCUCGAGAGCUUCGCCACCGAGUGCGGGUGGGACCAUCUGUAUGUUUACGACGGUGAUAGUGUGAGAGCUGAGAAACUGCUUGCUGUGUUCAGUGGUGUACUAGAAAAUGGAGAGUCCAGUUGGACUAGACAAGUGAUAGCGCGUUCAGGGAGCGCGUUGCUGCAUUUCUUCAGUGACGAUGCGUAUGCUAUGGAGGGGUUUAACGUGACUUAUGCGGCUUACUCCUGCCCUUCUAAUGAUCAUCGGACUAAUUGUUCUAAUCACGGUGAAUGUGAAGAUGGGUCAUGUAGGUGUGAACCAGAGUGGACGGGGGUAGCCUGUGAUCAGCCUUUAUGUCCAGAGGAAUGCAACGCCGCAUACGGCGGUGGUACUUGCACUGCUACCGGCUGCGUGUGCUCCGCGCUCCGUCGCGGAACGUCGUGCGCGCGCGACGCGUGGCGCGCGGGCUGGGCGGCCGCGCGGACCGGCGGAGCGCCGCCCGUCGCCGCGCAUGCGUUGUUACAGUACGGCGACGAUCUGCUCAGAGUAGGAGGGGAGACGUUCGCGCACUCUGAGUUUUUAUACAAAUAUAAGACGGCAGAACAAGAAUGGGAGGUGUUACCUACAUACGAGAGUCCGGCCGCAAGGUUCGCGCAUUCCGCCGUGUUGUACGGACACGAACUUAUAGUGUAUGGAGGGGUCGUUAUAUCUGAUGAGCCGGAGAGGGGUGGCGGUCUAGCAGGCUUAGAAGGUCGUGCCGGGGAGGUGACGAACGAGAUCUGGCGAGUUCGCCUCAACAGUGAGAGGCCGCAGUGGCAUAAUGCUACGCCCGUCACCUGUUCGCCGCAUAGACAACCGCCGUUGAAACAUUGUGGAGGUCUUCACGUAUCUGGUCACACAGCUGUGCUAGUGUAUUUGGGUGCUACUAAGAAGCCAGUAAUGUUGGUGUUCUUCGGACAUUCGCCGCAUUACGGAUAUCUACAUCUUGUACAGGAGUACUACGUGGACGAGGGCGUAUGGUCGGUAGCAGGCACGCGCGGCUGGGCGGCGCGGGCCGGCUUCGCGCACGCGGCGGCGUGGGACCCGCUGUCGCGCAGAGUCUACGUGCACGGAGGCCUCGUCUCCGAGUCUGAGGCUACACAGGCGCCAUCAGCAUCGUUAUUUGAGUACGACCCGGAGUUAAGACUGUGGCGCCCUCUACAAUCUGCGCCUACGCCUAGAUAUUUACAUUCUGCUACUUUUAUUACUCCAGGUGUAAUGUUAGUGUUCGGCGGUAACGCACACAACGACAGCGCGGCCGCGUUGGUGUCCAACCCGGCUGCUUCUAAGUGUUAUUCUGCCGGAGCACUGUUGUAUGAUGUUAGAUGCGGCACGUGGUCGGCGGCAGCGUCGCUGGGCGGCGGCGCCCGCGCGGCGCACGCGGCGGCGGCCCUCAGCACCAAGGACCGCCGGGCCGUGCUCAUACAUGCCGGUUUCGACGGCCGCCUCCGUUCCGACUCGUUAGUAUUCGAGGCGGGUGAGGGAUGUACUCGACACACGAGCGAGGCGGCCUGCCUCACCGCCGCGCAUCAUACUGCUGUAGCCUGCGUGUGGCGGCAGAGGGAUAGGGCUUGUUUACCUCUAGAAGAAGUGGGUUGGAAGGAGUCGUUCGACGGCACGGUGAAGGCGUGUCUCACAGAACCUAGGUUUGGUAAGGAUGAACGUCGUUGUUCACAAGCGUCAUCUUGCGCGGCAUGUACAGCGGCCCGCUGCGCGUGGUGCGGCGCCUGUCAUCCUUCCGCCAUGUAUUGUGUCAGACAUACACAUCAGAUGGCGUUAUCAAUAGAGGAGUGCGGGUCGGACAGCGAGUCGCCGCGGGAGGCUUGCGGCCGCUACCACUCCUGCGCAGCUUGUUUGGCGCAUCAACAUCAUCAUACACAUGGAUCUGAAGAACUAAGUCAGCGGGCGUGUUUUUGGGAUUACGACACGAUAAAGUGUAAACCAGUGAAUUCCUCCGAAGAUAUCAGAAGCGUAGCAGCGGCGGGGCCGUGCAGCGCGCCGUGCUCCACGUUCCAGACCUGCGCCAACUGCACCGCCGAGGAGUGCAUCUGGUGUGCCUCCGCCGGACGCUGUGUGGAUAAGAACGCAUACGGCGCGUCCUUCCCGCUCGGCGGCUGCCGCGCCUGGUCUACCUCCGGCGGCGGCGGCGCCGCGGGCACGUGCGGUGCCGCGCGGGGCUGCGGCGCGCACGUGUCCUGCGCCGCGUGCCGCGCCGAGCCCGCCUGCGGCUGGUGCGACGACGGCGCCGGCGGGGGCAGAGGCCUGUGUCUCCCUGGUGGUGCUAGGAGACCGCAUGCGCCUAGAGUCUGUGCUCAGCAUCGAUGGCACUUCACAGCAUGUCCAGCAUGCCAGUGCAAUGGACAUUCAGUAUGCGAUGCUGCAGCGCGCUGCAUGCAGCCGUGCGCCGGCCGCACGGUGGGCGAGCACUGCGACGUGUGUGCUGCCGGACACUGGGGGAACCCGCUCAAUGGGGGAGUGUGUCAACCUUGUGAAUGCAACGCUCAAGCGGUAGCCUGUGCCCCCGACACGGGCCGAUGCUACUGCAGUACUAAAGGACUGGCGGGCGACCGAUGCGACAAAUGCGACAACACUAAUCAUUAUCACGCCGAUAUUUAUAAUAAGGGAGCUUGUUAUUAUGACUUAGCAGUAGACUAUCAAUUUACCUUCAACCUAUCAAAAAAGGAAGACCGUCACCUUUCUGCCAUAAACUUCCGCAACGCCCCGGUGAAGCCGGACGUGGACGCGGACUUCAGCAUCACGUGCUCCGCGCAUGCGCGCAUGAACCUCACCGUGCGGACUCGCAGCGACCCCGCCGAGAGGACGCUGUUUAGCGACGUCAAUUGUACCAACUUUAGAUAUAAGUUUGCGAAAUCGGAUCACGCUUUCGGUGUCGAGGACAACGUGACGCUUACGACGUUCUUCGUUUACGUCUACGACUUCCGGCCGCCAUUGUGGAUACAGAUAUCUUUCUCUCAGUAUCCGAAGUUGAAUUUACAACAAUUCUUCAUCACUUUUUCUUCGUGUUUCCUACUUUUGUUGCUCGUUGCGGCCGCUUUGUGGAAGAUUAAGCAGAAAUACGACAUGUACAGAAGAAGACAGCGACUGUUCGUCGAGAUGGAGCAGAUGGCGUCGCGGCCCUUCAGCCAAGUGUGCGUCGAGCUUGAGAAGGGUGGGGCAGGUUCAGGAGUACCAGCCCCCGUAGCACUGGAGCCGUGCCGCUCCGGGCGGGCCGCGGUGCUCUCCCUGCUGGUGCGACUACCCACAGGCGGCACGGGGCGGGCGCCGCCGCUGGGCGGGCUGGCCGUGGCGUCGGCGCUGGUGACGCUCGGCCACCACGCGCCGCAUCAGGCGGUGCAGGCUAAACGCCCGCGCCAUCACUGACCAAGCCGCACAGAUACGGACACCGAUGUAUAUAGACAAUGUAUGUAUUGAACUUUGUACAUAGGACACUAGUAGUGCAUUGCUCAAAGUGUAACAUUAUAUAAAUAAUACUCAGUUAUUCUAUCGUUUGUAUGACUUAAUGCCCAGUUGGACAAACACGCGUGAUCUAGCCAUUAUUAUAUGUAGCGACACAAAUUUUGUUAAAAUAAUAUCGAUAAAGAAUAAUCAAAUUUUUAUCGAAACUAAAAAUCACUUUAGUAAAUAUUAUAAAUGUGAUAAAUAUGACUGUAGUAUCUAAAGCAAACGUGUUAUCGUGCUUAAACAAAAUAAAUAAAGACUGCUGACAUAAAUCGAUAAACUUAACAUUUAUAAAUCAAAAAUAAUAUCGAUAAAUAUUUUCCCAACACUUGUUUAACAAAAUUUGUAUCGUUACAGAAGCCACGCUACAAAAAUCAUCGACAAAGUUGUUUUUUGUAUAAAAUGAUACUAAUUAAAAAACAUAGUAGUGUUAAGUACGUAACCAUUACACUUCCAUAUAUGAAAGUUGCCAAAAUACUCUAAUUUGUAUCACUUUUGAACGUUCCACGUUUAGGAAGCUAGUUGCAGUUUGUAUUGGAAAUUAACUGUUAAAAAUAUUAUGAUUGGGACAUGUGGAGAGAUUUUUUUUUAUAUUACAAAUAAUUAUUAUACUGAUUAACAAAACAUCCAUAUCAAAAAUAAAAAUUGGUUAAUGAAUGACAAAAUUUAUGUCAAAUAUGUAUGUUGAUUUAGUUUUAUCGCGUCAAAAUAUGUCACUAUUUCAGUUUAGUUUUCAAAAUAUAUGUCAUUAUUCCUAUUUUUUCUAAAAUCUUACUAUUUAAAAAUAUUUUCACAUGAACUCACUCGUUUCCACAUUUCUGUAAUCGUAAAACUAAAUUGGUAAUCGUACAAAAAGUUGGUAAUCGUAAAAUAUCUUGCCAGCUUGUUUCACUAGAUUUUUUUAGGCAAAAAUAUUCAAUUAUACAUAAAUCAAUAAUACAUAGUGCGGGUGAGAGGUAUUUGUGAAUCUGAAAUAACUCUUGGCUGUACGAUAGAUAUUUAGGAACAUAAUUGUCUACUGCACAGCCAAUCAGGUAACUUAAACUCUAGUACAAGAUAUUUCGGCGGUAGUUAAAAUUAAAAUACAGUCUUUUCUCCACAUAUCCUAAACAUAAUGCUUCGAAAUUUUGGACCGGGUUCGUAGAUUUAGAGAUCGUUGCAUUUUCUAAUUUAUAUUUCUUAAUUUUAUUUUUAAGGGCUUUUAAAUGCUGAUGUGUUUUGCCAUUUUGUUGAAAAUUACAUUAUUUAUUUUUGAAAAAGAAAAGCAGCUUGUGAAAUGUAUGGAUAUUAAAAAGGAGUAUAAAAAUAUAAUUAACAAUAUUAUUUUAAAUAUUGAUGAGGUAUUGACUGAAUUAUUUGGCAACUAAUUAAAAUUCACUAUUGCUUUUCUAUAUAAAUCGUGGGGUAGGCAGCUACUUUUUAUCCCAAUUUUUUUGCCAUGAAGGCCCAUACUUUACUUUCAUAAAUAUUUAUGUUUUGGCAGCUUAAAAAAUUGUAUUAGGUAUCUUACAGAGAAGUAAAAACCUGAGAUUUGUUAAAAGUGUGAAAAGUUUUGUACAUUUAUUUCGCAAAAUUGUGCAGCCAUCAUUCAAGCACUAAAUCUAGAUUAAAAUUAUAAAUAACAACUUGGCAAAACACAUCAGUUAAAUCGAUAUUAGUCCUAGUGUUGUCGCGUUGUCGAUAAAUCGAUAAAAUAUCGAUGACUUGUAAUUUAUAUGAUAUUUAUUUUCUCAAUUAAAUGUUUUAGCUAGCAAAUUGAAUGUUUGCAAGAUUAUAUUAAAAUGCGGCGCUUUGGAGGGUGAUGUCGAUCAAAAUGAACUUAAAUUUAUGCACUUAUAUAUUUAUUUAUUUAUUGAAUAAAAAUGAAAUACUGUUAAACCUACAAUAAUUGAAUCCGAUGCUAAAUAUUUUUAGUCUAAAUAAUAAAAAAAAAAAAUAUGGUGAAGAAAAUCUUCAUACACACUUGAAAAAUUAUUGACAUCAUCCUACAAAAUAACCACAAAAUAAAAGACAAGUUUUUCAGGUUAAAAAAAAAAAAAAAACAUAUUUUGUCGUAGUAAUUUUUUUUAAAUAGUUUUUAUAAUGCGUUGGUCAGUGUUGAAUGUUUGAAAACAACGAUGUAAUAUAAUGCGUAUCAUCACAAUUUGUUGUUGGUUUAGAAGUUAUAAUUAAAAUGCUUUUUAGUUAAGAAACCCACUUACUUUAGAAAUUCACUAUUUUUUUGUUUUUCAAAAAUGUUUUUACAAUUUUUCGAUUUGCUCAUCUAGCGGCAGCUAUAUUGAUGAAUAAAUAGGUGACACAAGUGAAAAUUCGAUUUAUGAAGAUAUUUUUUAAUUGCUCCAAAUGUGAGGACGAUACUGCAAAUGCCAGUGAACCACGACUUUAUUCCUGUAACUCAGCAUGUCUGUUUGUUUCUCGCGCUCUCACGCCAAAAAUACUUAACUGAUUUUAGUGAAAUUCGGUAAACAGCUGCUUAGAGCUGGCGAAAGAACAUAGGCAACUUUUUUACCGACUCAUUGGAACAGCAAGGUGCAAUAUGGAUACAAAUUGUCAAUUCAAAAAUCCAGUCGAUAACUUCUAACCAACAAUUAAAAAAUAAUAAUAAAUAAGUAACAUUAUCUAUACGUAAAGUCAUUACUACAUAUUAUGAUAAUUAGAUGUAAAUAGCGUCGCUUGAAAUAAGAUUACGGAUAUUCAUAUUUUUAUUACGACUGACAUGUAUAUUAUGUAAAAUAUAAUGUAUUUUAUGUUUGUUUGUGUGAACGCAUUUAGUUGGUGAAUGUUGUGUUGGAUUUUACAAAAAAAAACGUAGUAAUACACGUAUUUAAACAUUUAGUAACCAACUUCCCAAAAAGGUGGUUCUUAUUCAGCAAAAAUAUUUGAGCAGCAUUCUUAUCUAAUAAUAGAGUGAAAGAGACAGAUCUCACCAGCCAGACUAUGUUCAUUCACGUGGUCUUAAAAAGUAUUGGCUUUAGUACUAGGUUUAGUCCAUUAACUUUGUUCGGGGUGGUUUAAACCUAGAACUAAAGCUGGUAUUAUUUUAAGACCACGUAUUAUAAUAGGGUGGACUGGGUCUAAACUUUCUAUUAAACGUUAAAGUCGCUAGUGUUUGCAAUUGUGACUGAAAAUAUUUUUUGUGAGGUCCGAAGGGUCAUCCUUUUGAUUUGAGAAUCCCCCCCACAUUAAACUGCCGAUCUAUGCGAAUUAUUAUUAUUUUACAGGUAAAAGUUUUAGUCCCGUUUUUUUCUCAACAUUUUCUGAUGCACAUUGUUGCUUAAUAAUAAACAUUCUUAGAGUGAUCUAGACACAACAUUCACACACAUUUUUGUAUUAUAGCCUUAGAUGUAAAAGACGUAUUUUAUCUAAAUAAUAAUAAUUAUUGAUAAUAUGAGCUAACUUUGUACGCAACUUAAUAAAUCGUUUUUAGUCCAACAUAAAUAUUUUUAUGCCUUAUUUAGUAUUAAUUAGUUAUGAUAGUUAAUAUCAUCGCGAAUUUGUAAAAAGUAUCGAUAUUCUGAAUAUUAAAUAAAUAAUAAGUGUAAUUUUUUUUCUGCUUCUUUUUUUACUUUUUUAUUGCAGCAAUGAAUUAUUAUUAUGGUCAUUUUGAAAAAAAAAACAGCGACCUAUGAAUUAAAAAUACUAAUGAAAUAAUUAACAGUCAAAAUGAUCUCAGUGUUUAAACAGAAUGACUUUUUCUUUUAAUAAAUCCUUAUUGGAUAAUUUGAAUUGUUAAUUUAUUUAACUCGGUGACAAAAAUAUUUUCACAGGCGAAAUAUUUACGUUUUUUGUAUGCCAAUUGAAAAUGAAAUAAUGUUCUAUUACCUCGAAUAUAUUGUAUUUACCUAGCUGAGUAAAUAAAGCUCUCUAUUGCAUGCCAUUAUGUAACACUCGCUCGGUAAAUAAGUAUUUAGUAAAUAAAUAUAUCGCCUGUGCAAAUUUAUUUCUAUGACUGAAGUUGUACAAAAUAAUGUUAAAUACGUUACCUUUUGUGAAACUAAGUUUAAUACGAGUUAUUGUAAUCGUGCGAACAUGUAAUCGUAAUCACAAAAUAAAGUUGGUAAUCGUAAAAAAGACGAAAUAUUUUUUCGUGAAAAGUUUGUAAAAACAAAAUGCUUGAUUUUUGUUUAAUAUUGAAUUGUAAUAACUCGUGUUAGAAUUUUAGUAAAUAUGAAUGGUAUAAUACCAUUUCAGGAAAUUCACGCGAUAUGGACUUUUUUGAAAAGAAAAACAAGAGUUGCUAUUUUAAUUUUCUAUGAAAAUCGUAUGAUUUUAACAUGUUAUAUUGAACAUGCAUUUAUUUAAAUGUAAUAAAUAAAAUGUCACUUAUUGAUAAUGUUUGAAUAAUUUAGAUAUUGACAAUUUAAUUUGAACUGUUUUAAAAAUUUAAAUCUUUCAUUGAAAUUAAUCAUUGUUGUUUAAAUUCUAGUUUUAUUUUUUAAAACAUAUGUUUUUUUCUUUGCUUUAAAUAAUUAUUUAUACCUAAAUAUAUAUAGUAUUGUACACUUAAGUGAAUUUCAGUGUUAAACAAUUAUUUUUUAAGAUUUAUUUCAGUUAAUAAAAAGAUUUAAAUUAUUAAAACAGUAUUUAUUUAUUUGUUGUUUUUUUUUUUUUUACACACAAAAUUAUAAUUAACUGAGACAUUUCCUACUACCUAAUAAAAUAUAGGUACUUAUUAAUGAUAUUUUAACUAUAUAAAGACACCAAUAGUUUACAAUAAGCUAACAAAAUAUGAUUGAAAUAGACGACUUAAAACUUUGAUACAAGACACCUUACAACUUCUAAACAGAUUUUUCGGCAAAUUCAUGACAAUAAAUUCCGUGCACAUUUCUUGCAUGAUGUACUGUCUGCAACAAUAAUCCAUUAACACAAAGUCAAAGUAAGCCUUUUCGGGCACUUAUGAAACUUCACUCUAGUUGCAUGGUUUCAAAAAGGAGAAGAGUCGGCAAGAAAGUUCAUGGAAACUUUUAAAAAGUAAUAUGUUCACGACAAAAGUUUUACUAUCACAAAAUUAGAGUGCAUUACAGAUUUAUUGUGAGACAUUUCAGCAACUUUUGUAAAAUUCUCAUAAUUAUUUUCUGAACCGAUGUCAGCUGCAGAUUGGAGACUUAGUAAUUUUGAGUGUUUAAUAGACUUUUGUCGUUGACCGUACAUGCAUUGCCACUGCAAAAACAACAUGCAAAAGAUUUGCUACCGCUAACAAAACAAUUACUGCGUAAACAUAAUGAUUGAAUUGCACUUAAUUCUGAGAUUCUAUUAUCAAAUACAAAAGGCUUAACAAACGCUCUUUUUAAGCAUCUAAAUAUCUACUUGCCUCAUUUUAGUGUUCUAUCUAGUCUUUUUUGACGAGAAUUAUUAUUUCCACCUAAAAAAUUAUAACUGAAAAACUAACAAUGAAAUAAUUGCAUUAUACAUAACAAUACAAAUAUAAUCUAGGUUAAGGUUAAGAUGUAAAUAUAUGAAAAUAAAUUAUUAUUUGUAAUUCGAAAUAAAAAUAUCGAGCAGAA